UCCUCUGCUCCGAAAUCAAAUUCAAAUUCAAAAAAAAAAAAAAAAAAAAAGCAGCACCAGGAGCGGCGCGGUGUGAAUGGGAUUUCAGUCUCAGUCUCAGAGCUUGUUGAGCUCCCCAAUGUUAGACGAUGACGACGAUUUCCAGAUCCCUCUGAGUCUCACCCAAGCAUCCAUACGGAAACCUCUCAAGCCCACCAAUUCCACGCGCCGCCCAUCCAAGAAGCCGAAGCGCUCCGGCAAAGAGAAUGUAAAUGUCCCGGGACCCACAGCCACUCAAUCUCAGAAAUCUCAACUCCAUGAUUUUGAAUCCUCGGAUUUGCUUGGCUGCUGCAACAGCAGCAGCUUGGAUUCGAUUCGGUCCAGCAUCGUCGAUUGCACAGAUUCUACGGUCACAGAUGAGAAGAAGGGAUUGACGAAAAUCAGUGGCGGUUACCUCUGCAAUUCGAUAGAGUCUAGGUUAUUGAACUCCGCUGUGGACAAUGUCGUCGGCGGCUCCGAGAAUGAGAUGGGUGAGGAGCUCGAUUUGUUGCUCAAUUUGUGUUCCGAUUCUCAACUAGAAGAUGAUUUGGUUCGUUGUCCACUAUGUGGGAUUGACAUCUCCGACAUGAGUAACCAAAAACGCCAAAUACACACCAAUCAGUGUCUGGACAAAGACCAAACUCAACCUCAACCUCAACUUCAACAACAUGUUGUUCCUCCGGAUGAUGACGAUAAAAGUGAACCUCAAAUUACUCGGCAAGUUGCUGAUGUUUCUACUGUUCUCGUGUGGCUGCGCAGCCUCGGUUUGGAGAGAUAUGAAGAUGUUUUUGUUCGAGAAGAGAUCGAUUGGGAUGCCUUACAGUGGCUCACAGAAGAGGAUCUGUUCAGCAUAGGUAUUACUGCACUUGGUCCUAGGAAGAAGAUUGCACAUGCUCUUAGUGAACUUAGAAAAGAAAGUGCCCAUUUGUCUGAAACACAUACUGAUAUUCAUGCCAAUUCUGAACCUCAAAGGCACAGCACCCAUGGGGUUGAAAUGCACAAUGAUGCUUCUGAAGGAACAGUUGAUGAAACUAAUAAAGUAGCUACAAACAAGUUGAUUACAGAUUAUUUUCCGGGCUCUGCUAGUGACAGGAAAAAAGUCACUACCUCUCGGGGACAGAAUCGGGUAGAAACAAGAAGCUCCAAUUCUGGGCGUAAACGUGCCAUGUCAAAAAAUAAUGUUGCAAAUGGAAAAUUCAAGGAUGUUCCCUCGUGGUGUUGCAUACCAGGAACAUCAUUUCGAGUGGAUGCUUUUCGACAUCUUAGAGGAGAUUGUUCCCAUUGGUUUCUCACUCACUUUCAUAUGGACCAUUAUCAAGGCCUUACAAGGUCCUUCUGUCAUGGAAAGAUUUAUUGCUCCUCCAUAACAGCUAGUCUUGUAAAUAUGAAGAUUGGGAUCCCGUGGGAUAGAUUGCAAGUUUUACCCCUCAACCAAAAGAUCAAUAUUGCUGGUAUUGAUGUGACCUGCUUGGAUGCAAACCACUGCCCUGGUUCAAUAAUGAUCCUUUUUGAACCACCCAAUGGUAAGGCUAUUCUGCAUACAGGGGAUUUUCGCUUUAGUCAGGAUAUGGCAAGCAUCUCCAUCUUGCAAACAUGUCCUAUUCAUACUCUUAUCCUUGACACCACUUACUGUAAUCCUCAGUAUGACUUUCCAAAGCAAGAGGCCGUAAUUCAGUUUGUAGUUGAUGCCAUUCAAGCUGAAGCUUUCAACCCUAAAACUCUUUUUUUGAUUGGUAGCUAUACAAUUGGAAAGGAGCGGCUGUUCUUGGAGGUUGCACGUGUGCUUCGUAAAAAGGUUUAUGUCACUGCAGCAAAGCUGCAUAUAUUAAGAUGCUUAGGGUUCCCUGAGGAGGAUAUGCGGUGGUUUACAUUAAAUGAACAAGAAAGCCACAUUCAUGUUGUGCCUAUGUGGACAAUUGCGAGCUUCAAGCGUCUGAAGCAUGUUUCCAAUCAAUAUGUGGGUCGAUUCAGUCUUAUAGUUGCUUUCUCUCCUACUGGGUGGACAUUUGGUAAAGGAAAGAAGAAAUCUCCGGGAAGAAGGUCACAGCAGGGUACCAUUAUAAGGUAUGAAGUGCCAUAUAGCGAGCAUUCCAGCUUUACAGAACUGAAAGAUUUUGUGAAGCUUGUAUCUCCCAUAAAUGUAAUACCAAGUGUAAAUAAUGAUGGGUCAGAUUCUGCCAAUGCGAUGAUCUCCCUCCUAUUAUCUUGAUUUGUACAAUACAGGCUUCCUUUAAGUUCAGCAUUCCAAGGCCAUAGAAAAGAGAGUUAACGUUGCAACAUAUGCUUUGUAAUAAACUUGUAAUGGCACAAACUUGUUAUCAUAAAAAUCGAUCACUAUGAGGCCAAAAAGAAGCAAUUCUUAUCACUUAGA